AUGGCCACUUUUGUCGAAGAAGACUAUGCUAUUGACCAGCCAUUGGUCACGUCAAGCGGUUUGAGGCAGGGGCUUACAUCCUAUGGAGACGCCCAUUUUUCUCUGUUUUUACGAAAAGUGUUCAUCAAAGCCCUGGGAUAUAGCGAAGAUGCACUAUCCAGGCCUAUCAUCGGCAUCAUCAACACAUAUUCAAGCUUCAACCCAUGCCACGCCAACGUGCCCCAGCUGAUCGAAGCAGCAAAGCGAGGUGUGCAGCUGAGUGGUGGUCUUGCGAUAGACUUUCCUACAAUAAGUAUCCAUGAAUCAUUCUCUUACCCCACGAGUAUGUUUCUGCGGAACCUCAUGAGCAUGGAUACGGAGGAAAUGAUCAAAGCUCAACCAGUGGAUGCUUGUAUCAUGAUUGGUGGAUGCGACAAAACCGUGCCCGCUCAAAUUAUGGGUGGAUUGUCCGCGAACAAGCCUAUAUUGCCUCUGGUCACUGGACCGAUGAUGCCAGGAAGCCAUAAAGGGAAGCGCAUCGGGGCCUGUACAGAUUGUCGAAACAACUGGGCUUCUUUCCGCGCUGGGACUCUUGAUGUGGAAGAUAUCGCAUCACUUAAUGAGGAACUGGCUCCCACGGCAGGUACAUGUGGAGUAAUGGGAACUGCAAGCACAAUGGCGUGUAUUACUGCAGCAUUGGGUUUAAUGCCUCUGCGUGGUGCAUCUGCGCCUGCAGUAUCAUCUACUCGGCUUAGAAUUGCAGAAGAGACAGGGACAAAUGCCGUUGCUGCAGCCGGCGUCAAAAGGACACCUCAAUCUAUACUUACCAAAGAGUCGUUUUAUAACGCGAUCACCGUGCUUCAAGCAAUUGGUGGAUCGACUAAUGCCGUCGUCCAUUUGAUGGCAAUUGUCAAUCGUCAUCCUGAUCUCUGUGGCAGUGGUGAUAUAACUCUCCAAACGUUUGACGAUAUUGGCAGAAAGGUCCCAUUGCUCAUUGACCUCAAGCCCAGCGGCGACAACUACAUGACUGAUUUCCACAACGCAGGUGGUAUGCUGGCUUUGCUGCACACUCUCCGACCAUUGCUUCAUCUUUCAGCAAUGACAAUCAGUGGUGCUACUCUCGGUGAAGUGUUGGACAAGACGCCUUUCCGGACAUUUCCAUACUCACAAGAGAUCAUUCGACCAUUGACGAACCCUCUAUAUCCUGCAUCGUCGCUUGUAGUUCUCAGGGGCAACCUUGCACCCGGCGGAGCCAUCCUCAAAGCGUCUGCUUCUAAAGACCGACGCCUUCUCUGCCACACCGGCCCAGCCGUGGUAUUCAAGAACAGCACAGACCUAGCCCUUCGAAUUGACGAUCCGAAUCUCAACGUGACUAAAGACUCUGUUCUCGUUCUACAAGCAAUCGGGCCGAUUGGAAAUCCAGGAAUGCCGGAGGCUGGAAUGAUCCCAUUGCCUCGCAAGCUUGCCGCCGCGGGUGUUACGGAUAUGCUCCGGGUAUCUGACGGGAGAAUGUCUGGCACAGCCGGUGGCACGAUCGUGCUACAUGUGGCGCCUGAAGCGGCUAUCCCGACGUCUGUUCUGGGGAUAGUAAAGGAUGGUGAUAUUAUCACCAGUGACGCCGGGAAGCGAGUUUUGAGUGUAAGCCUUACUCGGGAAGAAAUUGAGAAACGGCUUUCUGAGAGGGCUUUGGACGGCGAGAAAACUGCUUGGGCGGAUUGUCAGAACAAGAGAGGUUAUGUUGGGUUGUAUCAACGUUCGGUCAAUCAGGCUGAAGAAGGAGCUGACUUCGAUUUUCUCACUGCGGCGGGUCCAAAGAUGGGCUUAAAGGAAGGUUCACGUGCAUGUGUUUUUCAAGAACAACAAUCAGCCAAGAACAAAAAUCAGCCAGAAAUGUGUUGA